UAAAUCAGUUUUCGAUACCACCUAAAAUAAAUUCUCGUCUAUUUUACAGAUAUGUGACGAAAUUCUAGUUUUUAUAAAUAGUGAAAUAAAAUAUGAAAUGCCCAAUAUGUGUAAUAGCUAGACAAUUGUUAUUUAAGAAUAUUGAAAGCAUUGUCACAGCAAAACCAAACACUGUACAAACAUAUUAUAGUCAAAAGGUUCUAUCACGAAAGAAAAGUGAUGUAUCCCAGCAUUUACCAAAAUCUGCUACACUUUUGCAAAAUGAUAAACAAGCCACGGUCGUUCUUUUGGGUACAGUGCACUUCAGCAAACAGUCUAUUGAAGAUGUUUCAGAGAUAGUAAAGAUACUGAAUCCCAAUGGUAUUUUGGUAGAACUUUGUCGCCAAAGAGUAUCAUUAUUGGAACUAGACGAAAAGAAGUUUUUGGAAGAUGCAAAAAAUUUUGAUUCCAAAAAGCUAAAACAAGCCGUCAAAGGCCAAAAUCUCGUAACUGGUAUGCUCCAUGCCAUGCUGCUCAAAACUUAUGCUGAUAUAGCUAAAGAGCUAGGUGUUGCUCCUGGAGGAGAAUUCCGGAGAGCAUAUCACGAGAUGCAAAAAAUUCCUGGAUGUAAAUUGUAUCUUGGAGAUCGACCGAUUCAAAUAACAAUAGCACGAGCUUUUCAGUCGCUAAGUGUCUACGAGCUGGGUCAAGUCCUGUAUCACAUUUCAACAUCGAACCCGAAGCCCUUAGAUAAAAAUAAUCUGGAAAAGUACAAAGACAAAGAGUUCGUACAAUCUCAAUUUGAAGAAAUAAUAAAGGACGUGCCGGCAUUCAAAAAGAUAUUCCAUGUUUUUGUCGAUGAAAGGGAUAAAUGUCUUGCAUAUUCAUUGCAAGAGUGUGUUCGUUCAGUGGAAAGUCCACGCGUACUAGGAGUAGUUGGCAUGGGUCAUGUGGACGGAAUUAUCAAGUACUAUGGAAAGAUGAAGCAAGAAGACAUUGUUCCUCUGCUCUUGAUUCCUCCUCCGCCAAUUUACGUUCCGAUAAUUCGUAAAGGUUUGAAAUUCACAUUUUAUUUUUUAUUAUUUUCAUUUUUUUAUAGGAUUAUUUUUGGAUAAAAUUAUAACCAU